UGACUUGUUGAAUUGCUGUCUACGGGAGCCGCACAAUCAACUUCCACCGCUACAGGGAAUUGAACGUUAGACGUAAACCGGAAUUCAACCCAAACACUUCGUUCAGGGAGAGAGAGCAGAGUUGUAGGAGCCCGGAGGAGGAGAGCGAGAAGACACUCGAGCGACACAUAAACGAGAAGUUUUGCCUUGAUUUGAAAUUGAAAGUUGCUGGGAACGACGUCGUGCUGCAUCCGCCUGGACCGCCCAACUUGCCACUGCGAGAUGGCUGCAACGCCACCAUAUCUCGCGGAAUUGCCAUCAUUUACUUUGCUUUUCCGCAGUCGAUCUGUAAUAUCCCCGAAUCCUACUUGAAUUCAGCAGAAGAAGUUAUUCUUGCUAUUUUUAUAGAGGGCAUCACGUUAAUUCGGGAAUUCACUUUAAGAGGAUGACCUCUGGAGCGAUGUGGGGAUUGGAGAGGUUAAGGAGAGGCGUAAAGAUAUUGUAUUUCAUGGUGGCGAUGGUGGCUUCUCUGCUGGUGAUAUCUUCUCCUGUGCUGGUGGCCAUAGGUGACAUGAUGGUGCAGUGCGUAUUAAUUUCGUGCUUCACGUGCAUCAGUGGUUACAGUUUUCAAGAACAUUUGCAUAUUUACGCAUUCAAGAGUUCAUUAACUGACAUUCCUCUAGUUUCAAUCAUCAGAUCUUUCGUCAUCACCUGUGUGUAUUCUUUGUGCAAUGGCGCUUCCCUCUCUCACGAAACCUAUCUUGGAGCCGUGACCUUUUGUUCAGUCAUUUCAGUUCUUCUUCUUUCCAUCAAGGCUUGUGUUUUUUCUGUUAAUUCUUACCUGGAAGCUGAAGCUUCAAUCUCCAUCUCAAGGCAAAAGUUUCAGUUGAAGAGGUCAUGGGGGAUGCCGGUCUUGUUUCUCUCAUCUGUGGUGUUUGCUCUUGGACAUUCAGUUAUUGCAUACAGAACAAGUUGUAGAGCUAGAAGGAAACUCUUGUUUCACCGCAUUGACCCCGAUGCUGUCCGAGCCAAAGUUGUUUUUUCUGGAUACCAGAAGGUUCCACGUUCCCAAAUCCCUUCUGCUGGGAAGGCACCAAGAAGUGACAAUGGAUUGUGGACAAAAUCUGCACGAUUUUCUCAUGUUGAUGGUCAACUGCCUGUUAGAUUACUGGCUGAUUCUGACAGCUUAUUUAUCUCUUGUCUUGGACUUGCCAUUCAUUAUAAGAUAAGUUUGCCCGGUUCACCUCCCUGUUCCUUUUCCUACAUGGCCUUUCUUGACAGGUCAGCGGUAAGUGGUUCAUCCAGAAAUGAUCAGAAACUUCGAAGGAGCUUCAGUAACCAAUAUAAUUCUUCAUCUCUAUCUAUUCCUUUGCUCGAUAACUCUCCUAAACCCCCUGUUAUGUUUGAAGAUAUACCCGUUUUAAGCCUAUCUGAGACAGGGUGUGAGGAUAAUCAGAUCAAUAACUUGCCAUCUCCACUAAACAUGAGAGAUUUGGAAGCAAACCGUGAGCAUGGGAUAGUUUUAGUACAUGGAUUUGGAGGUGGGGUCUUUUCGUGGAGAAAUGUGAUGGUCAUGCUAGCUCAACAAGUGGGUUGUACUGUGGUUGCUUUUGAUAGACCGGGUUGGGGGUUGACAUCAAGGCCCUGCCGUAGAGUCUGGGAGGAAAAACAAUUGCCUAAUCCAUACAAGAUUGAUUCCCAGGUAGAUCUGCUUCUUUCUUUCUGUCUCGAAAUGGGGUUCUCCUCUGUUAUACUGGUUGGCCAUGAUGAUGGAGGGUUGCUAGCACUAAAGGCUGCUCAAAGAGUCCAGUCAUCCAUGGGCUCAAUUAAUGUUAUCAUCAAGGGGGUGGUAUUACUGAGUGUGAGCUUGACAAGAGAACUGGUCCCUGGCUUUGCAAGAAUUUUGUUGCGCACGUCGCUUGGGAAAAAGCACUUAGUCGGGCCUCUUUUGCGAACUGAAAUAACUCAAGUGGUUAAUAGACGUGCGUGGUAUGAUGCUACUAAGCUCACCACGGAAGUCCUAAGUCUUUACAAGGCCCCGCUAUUUGUAGAAGGUUGGGAUGAAGCACUCCACGAGAUAGGGAAAUUAUCAUUUGAGACAGUUCUCUCCCCUGGCAAUGCAAUUUCUGUGCUAAAAGCGGUUGAAAACAUACCAGUACUGGUAGUUGCAGGUGCAGAAGAUGCACUUGUACCAUUAAAAUCUGUUCAAAUAAUGGCAUCAAAAUUUGUAAAUUCAAGACUAGUGGCAAUAUCUGGUUGUGGACAUCUUCCUCAUGAGGAAUGUCCCAAGGCUUUGCUUGCAGCUAUGUCACCGUUCAUAAGUAAAAUAUUAGGGGAACCAGAAUCUUAACACGCACUACUGUUAGUGCAACUCUGAUCCUCUUCAAGUUAUGUUUCUCUAUUGUUUGGGAAAAGGCAGAGUUUGUUGAUUUGAGCUCCUGUUGCCCUUUAGUUUUUGUAUUUAUGAUUUAUCCAAAUCUUCAGUUCACUUGAAGAGGCAGAGUCCCAAGUUUCGUCUCUCCUUUUGGGCAAAUUUUUGAUGAUGAUUAAUAUUAGGGCAUUUUGAUGAUUUUAUUUGUUUAUUUGUUUGUUUAAUACUAUGUAGGUAAUGUUUGUUUUGUUCAAACAAACACGUUCUAUUGUUUGUCCAAGUGUAAAUGGACAAUGAAGAUGUCGUUGUUUG